AUGAGCGCUGUUUGGUUCAUGUUGCUUCUGUUUCUCGGGAGCGUGGAGCUCCGCCAGGUCCCCCGAGACCCGGAGUUCCAGCAGGGACCGGAGGGAGCCGGUGGUCCGCCUGCGGGGAAGGAAAAGCCCCUUUCCACGGAGAGGUCCUCCGUGGACCGGCAUGAGGCGCCGACAGUCCCCAGCUCGAAGCGGGUUCCGCGUGGGGCCAGAGACGGGGGCUUCAGAAGAAGAGACCCGCACCCUCCGGGCGGUCGCGCGCACCCGCGGCAGUACGACGACCCGAGCGGUUUCUUCACCACACCGCGGAGCGAGCGGUACCACUCUGCGCUACCGGCCAACGCCUCCUCAGCCCGCGGCCCGGGGCUGCUCAACCCGCUGUUCCCCGUCACCGACGGCUCGUACUGGGCGUACGCGGUCAUGCUGCUCGCGCUGCUCCUGUUCGCCGCGGGCAUCGUGGGGAACCUGGCGCUCAUGUGCAUCGUGUGGCACAACUUCUACCUGAAGAGCGCGUGGAACUGCAUCCUGGCGGGACUGGCCUUCUGGGACUUCCUCGUGCUGUUCUUCUGUCUGCCCGUGGUCGUCUUCCACGAGCUCACCUCGAAGCGGUUGCUAGGAGACCUGUCCUGUCGGCUUGUGCCUUAUUUGGAGGUGACCUCUCUGGGCGUGGCCACCUUCAGCCUCUGUGCUCUCAGCAUCGACCGCUUCCACGCGGCCACCGGCCCCGGGCCCGUUCAGGCGCCGAAGGUGGAGCCCUGUCGGUCCAUCCUGUCCAAGCUGUCGGUGGUGUGGCUGGGCUCCAUGGUGCUGGCCGCCCCCGAGCUGCUGCUGUGGCAGCUCCUGCAGGGCACGCCGGGCGCGAGGGCCCCGUCCGCGCCGGGCGCCGGCUCGCUCACGGCCGCCCUCAGAUCCCGGACGCACGCGCUCCAGGUGGACGUCUGCGUGCGGGAGCCGUGGGCGGAGCUGCCGGAGGGCGUGUACUCGCUGGUGCUGACCUACCACGAGGCCCGGACGUGGUGGUUCCUGGGCUGCUACCUGUGCCUGCCCCUGCUCUUCACGCUGGCCUGCGACCUGGUGACGAGGCAGGUGUUGGCCCAGCGCCAGCCGCAGAAGCCCGGGCUGACGAAGGCGACCAGCAGAUGCUCCUCCUCCUCCUCGUCUUCAGCCCAGAGAAAGCAGCAGGCGCGGGAGCUGCGGCUGCGCUCCACCGUCAUGGCGCUCACCGUGCUCUACGUCUCGUGCAGCCUGCCGGAGAGCGCGUGCAGCAUCGCGCUGGCCUACGUGUCGGCCUCGGCGUGGGCCGCGCUGCCGCCGCUGGCGCUGCCGGCGCUCGGCCUCAUGGGACACUUCCUGCUGUUCGCGCGGUGCGCGGCGACGCCGGUGCUGCUGCUGUGCCUGUGCCGCUCUCUGGGCCAGGCCUUCAUGGACUGCUGCUGCUGCUGCUGCGAGGAGUGCCUCCCCGACGGCGGCUCCUCCUCCGCCUCCUCCGCCUCCACCGCGGCCGCCUCCACGCUGUCGGCGCCCGCGUCGGCCUCACCGUCCUCCCUGUCGCCGUCCUCCCUGUCGCCGUCCUCCCUGUCGCCGUCCUCCCUGUCGCCUUCUGGCAAAGACGAGGUCGUGAAGGUCACGCAGGUUGCCCUGGCGACGGAACCGGCGGCCCGUGAUGGGGUCAAAGACGGUGCCGUGGCUAUCGGGACCCCCUGCUGAGGACCUGAGCGAAUCUGUCACUUGAUUACAUUUGUAUCAAUAAUAAAAACACGGCGGCGUCACUGAAAACAAAUCUGACAAAAAGACAGGAAACCCAUUUCUUUAAACACUGUGGUCAAACGUAUGUGGAGGUGAUUCUUAGUUAAUGUAACAGGUGUAAAGCCACUGACGACUAGUUUUUAUGGUGAUAACCCGCACACACAGUAGAUAAAGUCAUUACUGUUAGAUACAAGUAAACCUGCAGUAAUCUCAGUGUGGACUGAUGUUGUAGACUUGAUUAUUAUGUGUAAUGUACAGUCUGAUUUUAGUGUUAUUUGUGAUGGAUUUAAUCCACUUGUAGGAAUCAUUUCUCAGUUUACAUUUUAUGUGUAGUAUUUCAUAUUCGCCUUCGAGCUCCCUUUACUGUAGAGGGGAUAAUCUGAGUUCAGGGACUUUGGAACCAGGACAGUCCACCUGAAAGUGAAGAGACGUUUGUUUGUUACUGAACAGAUUUCUUCUGACGCCGCUGUUUCACUGAGGCGUUCGCUGCAGCCACGCGCUGAACACGAUUUGCUGAAGCACUGGUUAAACGUGAUGAGAUGACGCACAUCAAACCCUGUGACACAAUUCAGUUUGUUUUGUUUUAGUAAAGUUCAUAUCUGAGUGUU